AUGCGCUAUUCCCACGUCGCCUGCGAGGUGCCAGUGUCCAAGAGGGGGAAGUAUCAACGAAAGCGAAGCCAAAAUGCGCCUGUGGAAGUUACGCCGCCUGUCCACUCGGACCCAUCACCUGGCAACCUCAGGGCUCAACUCCAACUCGAGAUUGAUGAUGGUGGCGCGGCAGGGCAAAGUCCGGGCGAUAUAGGUUACCAUGGUGUCGAAAAUCACAUUCCUGCUAGCACCACGCAGAUUAGAACGCCUUCAACGCUCCUAACACCCCUGCCUGCGUCGCGAGUGGGCGAGUCCCAGACAAUAGACAGGACCUUGCUGGUCUACCCCAUAUCCGAUGCCAUUAAUACCAAGGCUUGGAAACUCUCCACGACGCGGAAUCUCCCGGUUAGUUCGUUGAGGGCCGAGACGGCGCGGAUGUUCGAGGCUGGCGAAUUGUCCCCAUUGCUCUUCCAGGCAAUGCUAUUCAUUGGGAGUAGCUAUUGUGAAGAGGAGAUUGUCCGUAGCAUGGGAUUCAAGGACCGCCCGGAGGCGAAGGCCGCGCUCUACCAUCGCGUUCGGCUUCUCUACGAUGCCGACUGGGAGUCGAACAAGGUGGCCGUCCUCCAGUCGUUAUUCCUUACUAGUUUCUGGAGAGCAGGGCCGCUCAACGAGAAGAACACUCGGUACUGGCUGGGAGCUGCGAUCAGUCUUGCUCAGACUCGCGGGUUCCACAGAACGCCACUUUAUUUUCAGGUUCGGGAUCGCCAAUCCUCAGCUUCGCUAGGGCUACCGAGCCGAAUACGCGACGAGGACUGUGAUGUCGAAAUGCUUAGCCCUUCAGAUCUCGAGGAGACUGAGGGAAUCGGCUCGGAUAUCUUCGGCACUGGGGAACCAGGACAUGUUAUGUAUGCCCUAGAGAUGGCAAAGUUGGCGAAACUGCUUGGCCAUAUCAUAACAAACCAGUUCACCCCUGGCACGGGUCAUCUCGAUAAGAACCAAAGAUCAAGCCUUCUAGAUGCAUUAGUAAGGUGGAAAUCUGAGUUACCGGACAGCUUGCGCGAAUGCGAAUUGGAAAAUCGACCCGGCAUGAUCUGGACUUACCUGCUCCACCUCUAUUACAAUAACCUGUUGAUCCUCCUGCACCGACGUGCGUACGUGAGACCUCAGGAUGAGUCCGAUACUCAGGCCGGUGAGGUUGCUCUCCGGGCAGCGUGUCGGAUCACGCGAAUUGUCGAAGACAUGCUAUCUUCGGACUUGAUUAGGAUAACGAGCCUCUUCUCGUCCCUUUGCAUCCACACCAUCAGCCUUCAACGAUCCAAGAAUACUGCACGGAGGCUGGCGGAACACAGAGCCCAAAUGAGUCUACUUGGCUUGAAGGAGAUACAAAAGUAUUGGGAAGUCAACAACCUCGUAUUGGAGUUAUUCUUUCAGUAUCUGGACGAGUCAACGGCAAAGAGGCUCCGCGCGGCAGAGCUAGACCCAACUUCUGACACAGCAGCGGCAGCAAACAAUCCCGUUGUGCAGGCGGCGGGACACAACUCAUCAGGUGUCGGCGACAUGGCGACCAUGGCAGCCAGCACCGCGGCCGAUGAUAACGACGACACGACACUUGGCACGUAUCCGACUAUGGGUCAAGAUUCAUUAUGCUUUGUUACGCCAUCCAAUAUCCUGUGUCAGAAUAGCACAUCGGACCCGUAUGCCUUCCUCGUGGAUUCCGAGGCUCGCGUUAAUGAUGGGCUGGAUAUGCUGGGACUACAAUUUCUUCAACGCUGUCUUUAA